AUGCUGGCCAAUGGCGCUAGGGUCAGUUCAGGUACGUUCAGCGUCGGCGGCCACGACUGGCGUCUUUUAUGCUACCCAAACGGCGGCGAGGAGGAGUACAAGGGCUAUAUCUCCCUCUUCCUCCAGCAUGCCAGCCACGCAAGGACCGGGGAUGCCACGGCAAAGGUCCAGUUGAAGAAGCAUCUCAAGGACGGCCGCCUGACCGUCCUGUGCGACGUCACCGUCACCGGGCUGCGCACCGAAGACCACGUGGAGGCUGCCGCACCGGAGCCUACGGACGUGGAACCUCCGUUCGGCAUGCGCGGGGGGAACGAGAAGGAAGUGGACGUGCAGAUCGAGGUCGGCGGGGAGACGCUCCCCGCGCACCGGCGGAUACUCGAGGCCGCGUCACCAAUCUUCAAGGCGGACCUCUCGCUCGCCUCGGCGACCGCCGGCGACACCAGCAGCACUGCCUUACUACGCGUCGACGACAUGGACGCCGAGGUGUUGAAGGCUGUGCUCCAGUUCAUAUACAUGGGCUCGCCUCCCCUGCCCCUGGAGAAGACGAUGGCGGAGAGGCUGCUCGUCGCGGCGGACAGGUACGGGCUGGAGAAGUUGAAGCCCAUAUGCGAGGAGGCGUUGUGCCGGCACGUCGACAUGAGCUCCGUGGCUGCCACUCUAGCGUUGGCGGAGCGGCAUCAUUGCUCCGUGCUGAGGGCUGCAUGCAUGCAGUUCCUCGCUUCUCCGGGUAACCUGCAAGCCUUCAUGGCAACGGAUGGGUUUGAGCAGCUAAGGACAGGUUGUCCAACUGCUCUCUUGGAUCUUGUACUGAAGAAGAUUACAGUUAGGAGCAACUAA